GGCAUCCAGAUUUGAAUGCAUUGGCUACUAUCUCCACUUGUAUUGCAUUGUUUACUUACUACAGGGAAACUAAAUUCACAUGUUAGUUUGGGGAAAAAAAAGGCAAGAACAUAAAGACAUCAAAUUAAUGCCAGUAACUUUCAGCAUAAUCAGGAAUAGAAUAACUGCAGCCAGCUUGAUUUAUAGUGCCAGAGAGUCAAAAAUAUUUCUGAGUUCAUGUAAUAGAAAGGAUUAAAGCACACCAAAUCCACCCCCCUGGUCUAUAAAAGUCAGGAGCCUGAAAAAUCUCUCUGGAUGCCUGUGAACCCAGCUGAUGCGGCGGUGAUUUUAGCGUUCAAGGAUGUGGCUUGCACAGCAGGGAAAGGCAGAGUGUUAAUGAGAGUAUCAUUUGUUCAGUCACUUCUGCAUUGUGAGCAGCAGCUCUGAAGUGCUUCUCAAAGUUGUGUUGCAGAAUGAUAUUAAUUGAAUUCCCAUCUAUGCAAGAUGUAAGCCUAGAAGUAGCAAGGAUAUCUUUAACUUCAUGUUCCUGCAAAGAUAUGUGAAAAGAUGAAGACAAAGGGCUAUGAUCCGUAGUAAAGUUAAAAGAAAUCUUUCUUGACUUUAAUUGGUUUGGAUUGAAGCUGUAGUAGCUUUCACAGUAAAUCUAUCCUGAGUAAGCAAAGUUAUGUAUUCAUUUGCGGAGCUCUUGCAAUACGUAGACAAUAUUUUAAGUAACUUCCCAUGUUACUUAAGUGCUGAUCUUGUCUAGCAGGUCUGUUUUCAGCAUAUUGUUUAAGCACAACAAAAACAAUACGCUGUACACUGACCCAUCCAUUCAAAGGCUCUCACAACCCUUCUGGGAUCGCCUGUUAGGUCUGACAGCACACGAAGCCUUCCUUUACCCUCACGUUGUGGACUGAGAGCAGCGUGAGCACACGCUACACACCCACUAACACGUCCUGCUGCAAUAAGUCUGGGAAGCCCUUGAGCGAACAGUGGUGAAAAACAGGUCACAGCUCAGCUCCAUCACGUUGAGAGCCACAAACUCCAGAUCUAGGGCAGGCUGGGAGAAGGUAAGGACUUGGCACCUGCAGACAGGAGCUUUUACCAACACGGCAGGGCGGAGGGUUUGCCGUGAGUGGAGCAGCAGGUGCCGGGCCCUGGGGCACUAAUUGGCCAUAAUGGCCCUGACCAGCCUCACCAGGACCCAGGGGCUCCAUUUAAUGAGCCUAGCCCUGCCGCUUUCCUGGUGCACCCAGCAGCAGGACAGAAAAACAGCUUUAGUGCUAUCUUCUAAGUACACUAGAAGCAUGAGCUGCUGCUGCAAGAUGGAGAGGAGCGGGCUGCACAGGAAGGGGGGCGCCAGGUUCUGAGAGCCCAGGCAAGGAAGGGGACAGGCCUGCCCUCCUGGCUGCUGCAACUGAGGAGCCACCACAGAGCUGCUCGGCUGCGUGUCCUGGAGCCCUGUCUGCAGCUGAAAUGAAUACCUAUGCGUGAGAAGCAAUGAUGGUGUGUUGUGGAAAGCUUGUGCUCGCCGAGGCUGGAAAAUCCUUCAAAGAAAGGCUCUGGUGAUCCUGGGCAAUAAGGAAUUCCCAAGCUGAUGGUGGAUCAAGCCAAGCCAAGCAGACAGCGGUGGACGAAUGGGAGAAAUGAGCUGUGAUGAGCACAGGAGACUUCCAAUGUCUGUACAAAUUGUCAGCCUGACCUCUCUCUGCACCUGUCCUAUUUGGAGGAUGACAUUUUCAAAAACAGCCCAUAAAUUCAUGGCUGCAAAAGCCCUCAGAAGCAAAAAUGGAGUGAUAACCACCCGCCUAUUUCUGGACUCACAAACCAGAUCUACCACGUCUCCAGCUUUUGCUGACGCCUGACGGCAAACCAUGGUGCUGCAUGCUUGUAUUAGCUGACCCCGAACACCUGGGAAGGGAAGGCAGCUGGAGGCCUGGAGUUGCCAGCUUGUGUCAGAGCUGGAGGCUGAAAUUCUCUGCCUCUGCACAUGUGAUUCUCAUUCUGACAAAGCUCUACGACUUCAACUUGGGGAGUGUUACCGAGAGCUCGCUGUGGAGGUCAACAGACUAUGGCACUACCUAUGAAAAGCUAAAUGACAAAGUAGGCCUGAAGACUGUGCUGAGCUACCUUUAUGUCAGUCCCACUAACAAGAGGAAGAUCAUGCUUCUUAGUGAUCCAGAGAUUGAGAGCAGCAUUCUCAUCAGCUCUGAUGAAGGGGCUACGUACCAGAAGUACCGUCUGAACUUCUAUAUCCAGAGUCUGCUCUUCCACCCCAAGCAGGAGGAGUGGAUCUUGGCCUAUAGUCUGGAUCAAAAGCUGUACAGCUCCAUGGACUUCGGAAGAAAAUGGCAACUCAUGCACGAGCGGGUCACUCCAAACAGGUUUUACUGGUCAGUGGCGGGUUUGGAUAAAGAACCAGACCUUGUACACAUGGAAGCCCGGACAGCUGAUGGACACACCCACUAUUUGACCUGUCGGAUCCAGGAGUGCUCAGAGACCAAAAGGACUGGGCCAUUUUCACGCUCCAUUGACAUCAGCUCCCUUGUUGUUCAGGAUGAAUAUAUCUUCAUCCAGGUGACAACUGGUGGAAGAGCAAAUUACUAUGUGUCAUACAGACGGGAGCCUUUUGCGCAGAUCAAAUUGCCCAAAUACUCUCUUCCUAAGGACAUGCAUAUUAUCAGCACAGUUGAGAAUCAGGUGUUUGCAGCUGUUCAAGAGUGGAACCAGAACGAUACAUACAACCUGUAUAUCUCAGACACCCGAGGGGUUUACUUCACCCUGGCCUUGGAAAAUGUGAAAAGCAGUAGAGGACUGGAAGGGAAUAUCAUCAUCGACCUUUAUGAGGUAGCAGGGAUCAAAGGCAUAUUCCUGGCUAACAAAAAGAUAGAUGACCAAAUCAAGACUUUCAUUACCUACAACAAGGGCAGAGACUGGCGUUUGCUGCAGGCACCGGCCACCAGUCUAAGAGGGGAUCCUGUGGUUUGCCAGCUGCCCUUUUGCUCGUUGCACUUACACCUGCAGCUCUCAGAGAAUCCAUAUACUUCAGGAAGCAUUUCCAGCAAGGAGACAGCCCCUGGGCUGCUGGUGGCAACAGGUAAUAUUGGCCCUGAGCUUUCCUACACUGAUAUUGCCAUGUUCAUCUCUUCUGACGGUGGGAAUUCCUGGAGACAGAUCUUCGAGGAGGAAUACAACGUGUGGUUUCUGGACUGGGGAGGGGCACUAGUGGCCCUGAAACAAACAUCAGUGCCCAUCAGGCACUUGUGGGUGAGUUUUGAUGAGGGAAGAUCUUGGAGUAAAUAUGGCUUCACAUCAACACCGCUUUUUGUGGAUGGAUCCCUUGUAGAUUCUGGCAUAGAGACCCAGAUAAUGACAGUUUUUGGACACUUCAGUCUCCGUUCUGAAUGGCAGCUGGUCAAAGUGGACUACAAGUCUAUUUUCAGCCGGAGGUGUAACAAAGAUGACUACCAAACCUGGCAUUUGCACAAUCAGGGGGAACCUUGUGUCAUGGGAGAGAGGAAGAUCUAUAAAAAACGCAAGCCCGGAGCCCAGUGUUCCCUAGGUCGGGACUAUUCCCGAACAGUGGUAUCUGAACCGUGUGUCUGUGGUCAAGGAGACUUUGAGUGUGACUAUGGCUAUGAGAGGCACAGCAACAAUCAGUGUGUCCCAGCCUUCUGGUUCAGCCCAUCUUCCCUGUCCAAGGAUUGCAGUAUUGGUCAAAGCUACUUGAACAGCACUGGGUACCGAAGGAUUGUGUCUAACAACUGCACAGAUGGCUUGCGAGAGAAGUAUAUGGCCAAGGUGGAGAAAUGCCCUGGAAAAGCACCUCGAGGACUGCACAUCCUCACCGCUGAUGGAAAGUUGGUCACAGAGCAGGGGCAGAAUGCCACCUUCAUCAUCCUUAUGGAAGAGGGUGAUCUCCAGAGGACAAACAUUCAACUUGAUUUUGGAGAUGGCAUUGCAGUAUCCUAUGCAAAUUUCAGCCCUGUUGAGGAUGGCAUCCGGCAUGUGUAUAAGAGCGCUGGAAUCUUUCAGGUGACAGCCUAUGCAGAAAACAGCCUGGGCUCUGAUACUGCUGUCCUCUUCCUGCAUGUGGUCUGUCCGGUGGAGCAUGUCCAUCUGAAUGUCCCUUUUGUUGCCAUCAGGAAUAAGGAUGUCAACAUUACUGCAGUAGUUUGGCCCAGUAAAGCAGGCACACUUACCUACUUCUGGUGGUUUGGUAACAACACCAAGCCCCUCAUCACCUUGGAAAGCAGCAUCUCCUACGUCUUCGCUGUGGAGGGGUUGAACACAGUCACUGUGCAGGUUGCUGCGGGCAACACCCUCAUCCAAGACACCAAGGAGAUCGCAGUACACGAAUAUUUCCAGUCUCAACUCCUGUCAUUUUCUCCUAACUUGGACUACCACAACCCUGACAUUCCUGAAUGGAGACAAGACAUUGGCAAAGUCAUCAGAAGAGCUCUAGCACAGGUGACUGGUAUCCCUGAUGAACAGAUCUUGGUAGCUGUAUUUCCUGGGCUGCCUACUUCUGCUGAACUCUUCAUACUGCCCCGUAAAAAUACAACAGAGAUGAGGAAAAGCAGUGAGGCCGAUCUAGAGCAGGUUGUUGAAAUCCUUUUUAAUGCUCUCAACCAAAACCUGGUCCAGUUUGAACUGAAGCCUGGCGUUGAAGUCAUUGUGUAUGUCACUCAGUUAACAUUAGCACCCCUUGUUGAUUCCAGCACGGGUCACAGUAGUUCGGCGAUGCUGAUGUUGUUGUCUGUGGUGUUUGUAGGCUUGGCUGUUUUUUUAAUCUACAAAUUCAAGAGGAAAAUCCCUUGGAUUAAUAUCUAUGCCCAAGUUCAGCAUGACAAGGAGCAAGAAAUGAUUGGCUCUGUCAGCCAAAGUGAAAAUGCCCCCAAAAUCACUCUGAGUGAGUUCACAGACCCCGAGGAGCUGAUGGACAAAGAGCUGGACACGCGAGUGAUGGGAAGCAUCUCAACAAUUGCCAACAGUGAAAGCACAAAGGAAAUCCCCAACUGCACUAGUGUUUAAUACUGAAAGUCCUCUUGGUCUACAACAUUUCUGAAUUUUUAUUUGUAAUUAUUAUUGUUAUAAUUAUUAUUAUUAUUAUUAUGAAAAGAGAGAGUUAUAUGUCAUUAUUAUCAUUUGGGAGGGGAUGGGGUGGGCUUUUUCUGUUUACCAGGGCUGCAUUCAUAAAUAACGAGGUUUCUUCAUAUUUAGGAAAUACUCAUCAGAUCAGGACCAAAAAGCAAAGAAUGAGUGAAGUGUGUAUUGGAAUUUAGAAUGCCAGACUCCUGUUAAAUACAGAAUGGGAAUUAAGUAUUAAAAUGCAAUAGGCAGAUAUGAUAAAGAAGGCAAGAUAAAUAUAGGUAAAUGGUCCCUUUUCUGCCCCUUUUGUGAAUCAUGAAUCAGCUAUUUCAUCCUGCCAGAAGGCCCAGGCUAAGCUGUGGGACCAGGCUCUGCAGCCUGCCAACAACCCUCACAUUCCAUUUGCAGGAUCUCCUUUUUUAAUUGCUUUUAAUUUCAGUCACCCUCUGGCAUUGUUGACUGCUGAGAAAGGGGGAAAAAAAUCAGAGCAAACAUACCCAUCAGUGUUCCUUGGAUUGUGGAUUGGCUAGAAGGGACAGCACCGCAAGCAAUGAAGAAGCAUGCUUGAGUUUAUGAAUGCAGCCCAAACCCCGUGCAUGUGAAUAGCGAGGAUGCCGAAGGCCUACUGUAGAUAAUUACAAUGUACAUAGCUUUUUAUUUCUUGGGAAUAAUUUAAUGUUUAGUAAAAGAAGAUAUGUUUAAAACAAAACCUGAACCACACACACACAUGCACGCACACACACGCCAGCCAAACGGGGACCGUGGUGAGCACUUGAAUCACGCUUUGGUUCCAAGUGUGUUCCAGUUGUCUGUCGUAUUUCAAUCUUUCACUGCUGUGUGUAAACAGCAUGGUUUAUUUCUCUGUGUAUAACUGCAAGCCUUUUUUUUUUUUUUUGAAUGUAUAUUAUCAUUUCCUAUGAAGGAGCAGAAAAGGAUUUUAUCUGGAUGGACUAUGAGUCUUUCACAAAUAUUUUAGUGAUGUUCAUCAUGAUCUAUUCACCUCCAUUGCUGUUGUCCACUUCUGAGAAGGAUCUUGGUGAUAUCAGGAAAGUAAGGAAAACAAAAAAUUAUCACAAUCUCAAUGUGCACAAAUACCAAUGUGCUUGCAGUACGCAGUACAGCCUCAACUCGGCAGUGGGCCAGGUUGCAUUAGCUCCUUUUCCAGUGAUACGCCAUGCAUUUACCAGUUAAGCUGGUGAAGCAAAGUGCUGUUCAGGAUGCAUAAGAGUAUUAGAUUUCGGCUGAACAUGAUGCAUGUGAUUAAGGACUGCUCUUUGGAGAAGGGGAUGCUUAGUCAGACCUAAAUAACUGAGCUAGGAAAGGUCUUAUGUGUGCUUUAGGAUGGCUGUUUCCAGUUCUGGAAGAAAAUGCUAGUGAAGUAAUUUCUGAAUGUUGGGUUUGUAAUUUUUGAUCGGAACGGGGAGGUUAAUGAAAAAAAAUAGUGAAAAAACUCCUUAGGAAUCUUCCAGCACACCGAGUUGAGAAUAGCCCCUAGGAGUGGGCAGGAGGUAGACUUAGCAGAGAGUUGCUUUUAUCCAUUUAUCCUGAGUUGAUGAUGCUAAAAGCGGACCUUAUUCUGCAGGGUGUUGAGUUACAAGAUCUGCUGGGAGUGGAAGGAAGAUUAGAGGCAUGUUUGGGAGAUGUUCUAGUGCUUGCAUGGUAACAGCAGGCAGAAAUUAGGUCAGGUGACAAUCUAAAUAGAGGGUUCUACCUUUAAUAUAUCUGGACUGAAAUGAGAAGAUGGCUAGGAUUUAAGGUGUUAACUUGCUACCUCUCUGUAUCACAACAUGCUGGCUGCACACCAGCCUCUGCUACAUGUGUUCACUCUGUGAAUAGGUUGGAAGGUCUUUCAAAAGUUAGAAUCCUGAUGUGGCCUGAAAGGGGAGAAAAACAGUGGUUAAGCAUGGUUUUGCAGAAAAACACAGAAGGUAUUUCAAUGCUGAAAUAGUAAAACCAAAAUGUACGGAAAUAUUGUUUUGUGGGAAGAAUUAAAACUAAAUAUUCUCAGUUGUUCUGCUCCUCCAUUUCAGUAAGGCUUGUGGGCCUUUUCUCUUGGUUUAAAGAAAAUUCUUUUCUGUUUCCUCCCUCACUUUUCUGCUCUAGUUCCUAAUACAAGCUGAAGAGUGAUGGCUGUGUUUUUCUCUUUAAAGUUGAGUUUCCAUCCAUCACAUGUACAUAAACUGUUGUGUUACUGUCACUGUUCUUCUGAAACACCAAAGUAGUUUACAGUAAUGGCCCACUCUGGUGAUAACACUGUUAGUGCAAGGCCAUAGCUUCCCAUUUAGGCACAGAUGGGAGGGAUGUACAUAAGCAAUGGUCCUGUGGGCCUUGAGCUAAAUUGUGGGCUGAUCUCAGUCUUUGCUGAUUGUUAGAAUUUGAGGGACUGCUUUUGUGAGCUGCUGCAGAGGGCUGGAUGAGAAAUAUUCAUUAUUUUCCAUAUUAACUUUUUCUUUUCUAAACCAGGAAGCAAAGUGAAAAUGUUCACUGUUUCAAAUUUUCCAUUUUUUUUUUCACAGAAAUGAUCUUAUGUUGAUUUUAAAAAGAAAGAAAUGGGAUUACAGUUUUUACAAUUCAACAGUUUCUCCCUUUACACUCUUAAAUAUGCUAAAAUAACUCAUAAUGGAUGGGAGAAAGCAAGGAGGAAAAAAUUGGGAGUAAGCUACCGAAAAAAAUAAAAGUAAAAAAUGGAAACAUUUUCAUCCCUCCUACCCAAAUUUAAUCUCUAUGAAGGCUGAGAAGUUUGGAGAAACAUCAGUCUAGAAAGACCGUUUCAAUCUAAGAUUAUUCUAAAGGUACUCAAAAGCAAACAAAAACCAUGGACCCAAAAUUAAAUGUCAAAAAUCUUGCCUGGUUCUUGAGUUGACUCAAAUUUCACCUUUCAUGAUGCUUUCUGGGUAUCAGCACCUGUCAGGGGAGUUCAUUGCACUGCUGCUUGGACCUGAGUGUGCUCCAUGCAUGUCUGGAAAGAGCAUGGGACCACGUUUGCCAGAUCUUACCCCCUGCAUUAGGGCAAAGCAUGGCUGAUGGCAGCUGGAAAAACCUUGUGUUAGUGAUUGACAGCUGCUCCUUGAGGAUGUUAGAAGGGUAACCACUAUGCCUGCAGGGUAGCUGAGUCUGCAGCUAUCCGUGGGACUUCUGUAAGGUUUAGGCAGCCAGUGCUGGCCACCUUUUAUUUGGAAGGUACUGACCUAGGGCAUUGGCACAGGCUGGAGAAUUGUACAUUUUUAUUUGUAUACUGCAUGAUGGGGAAUAGCAACCUGGGGAUGUCAUUUUUUUUUCCAUUUUUUUCCUCCCUGCAAGUUUUACCCCUGAGGAAAUGUAAUGGAAGUUCUUGAAGCUGUAGACGAUUAUUUACCUGAGGGAGGAAGGAAAGACGCAGUACCAUAAGUAGAACAUAAAUAGCUCCCACAAUCAAGCUGUGUAUAGAGGAAAAGAAAGAGAGAGCAAGAGACUGGGUCAGUGGCCUCUAUCACUGCCAGCCUUUCCCCCAUGAUAGAUUCUGCCGUGUAUUGACUGUAGCAUAGGAAUAAUGCAUGAGACCAGGAGACUAGCUGCAGCUUAUGACCAUAUGUCUGUAAAUCUGUUAUAAACAUCCAACAGACCCCCUGCUUGGUUUAACCUGUGCUUGAGAACCCAACACUAAGCCUGGCAGGAUUGGAAAUGAGGCUAGAGAGACUGGGGACCACAGAGUUUUUCAGUUAGAGUUGCUAUCGAUGAGAGCAGGCACAGGAGAACAUGCGUUUUCUUCUGGACUAAGCCUUGGUUUAAGGGACGUGCAGAGAUGUCCUGUUCUCCUCCCUUUUCCUUCAGUCAGUUCCUACACAUGUUCCAGCAUGUGCUGGUCUGAAAAAGCAAACCAGAAUUCUCAUAUCCUUUCUGAUGAUGUUGGACAGUACAUUAAACCCAAACCACCACCAUGGUUUUAAAGGAUUAAAUGAGGCAGACAAUUGCAAUACUUGUAUUAAACACAGUAAUACAAAUGCAUGAGUCAUAUAUAUACAUAUAUAUAUAUACUGUUCUUGGUUUUAUUGUUCCAUUUGAAUAUUUCUACUGUAAAAAAGGCAGUGGUUUUGAAAUUGUUGAAAAUAAAUGUAUUUUUGUACAUCAGAGUUACCCGUGGCUGCUCUUUCAGUCUUUGUU